UCAGGCUCCUUUUGUAAGCUUUUGCUUUAGAUGGUGGAAAGGAGCCAGAGAGGGUUGCUCCUCUGACUGGGAGGGCUUAGUGGGGUCUCCAUGUCAGAGACUCUACAGAGAUUACAGCAACUUAUGACAGGCACUGCUUUUUCUCCCCUUCUUGGACCAACUACAUCUUGGAAUUGAGGAAUUUGAGCCCCCAGCAUUGGACUCAGAGGCAGAGAUUUGGGCUCUGAGAGCAGCUUGGCAGGUGCAAAUUCUGAGGGCAAAUUUGGGGUCUGAUGGGGUUCUUGUGACUCUGAAAUUUCUCCAGCUGCUGUGUAUAGAGACUCUCCAGGAAGUCACAGCCUUUCAUAGGUGGGAGAAAGAAAAAACAGCUCUAAAGAUAUGGAAGGGCGCUGCAGUCGCUCCUUGCUCUGCUGUCUCGCUUCCCUGCUUCUCCUUGUCCAGCUGUCCACAGCUUUCUCCCCCCAUGUCUCUAUCCACAGAGCAGUUCAAAGUUGUUGGCCCUCAACACCCCAUUGUAGCAGUGCUGGGUGAGGAUGCCAUACUGCCCUGCACUCUAGUCCCAGCCAUGAAUGCAGAGAACAUGGAACUGGGGUGGUUCCGCUCCACAUUCUCACAAGCAGUGUUCAUCAACUGGAACCAACAGGACCAGAUUGAGGAGCAGAUGGCUGAGUACAGAGGGCGGACCUCACUGGUGAGCAACCUCCUCACCCAGGGGCAGGCUGCUGUGCACAUCCACAAGGUCCAGGUUUCUGACAAUGGAAUGUACACCUGCUUCUUCAGAAAGGCAGGUUUCUAUGAAGAGGCUGAUUUGGAACUGAAGGUGGCAGGGAUGGGCUCUGACCCCCAAGUGCACAUAGAAGGGCCAGAAGAGGAUGGAGUGCGUGUGGUGUGCAAAGUCUCAAGAUGGUUCCCAAAGCCCCAGGUGCAGUGGAUAGACCUCAGUGGAAACAAGUUCCCAGCGCUUUCUGAGGCCCACACCCAAGACACUGAGGAGCUGUUUAGUGUGGAGGCCACUCUGGUGGUGAGAGACAGUUCUGUGGGGAAUGUGACCUGCUCUGUCUUCAACCCUGUCCUGGGCCAGGAGAAGGCCAUGGCUAUUUACAUCCCAGAGCCCUUCUUCCCUCAGGCUUCUCCCUGGAAGCCAUCAUUUGCUGUGAUCCUGACUGUGCUGGGGCUCCUAAUCUUGGGGGCUAGCUAUUUUAUCAGAAACGAACAUUCCAGAAGGAUGCAGGUGGGGCAAGAAAAGGAGCAUCUGCAGCGGCUUAAGGAGGAGGAACAUCAGGCAAAGGAAGAGGUGCUGAAGGCCAUUGAUGAUCUCCAGGCAAAUCUCAAUCAGAGGAAAACUGCUUAUCUUUCUGCCUGGAGGAAGGCCUCCCUGUAUGCAGAUUGGCGGAAGGAGCAGUUCCAAGCUUGGCCUGUCACUCUGGAUCCAGACUCUGCUCACCCCAAGCUGUGUGUCUCUCAUGAAAGGAAGUAUCUGACCUGGAAGGACCACUCUGGGGACCUUAAUGCAAAAUGCAGUGUGUUGGGUCUUGAGGGCAUCACAUCAGGAAGAUGUUACUGGGAAGUGGAGAUAGAGAAUAAAUCCCAUAGCAAGUGGACUCUAGGAGUCUGUAGGAAAGAUUCAAAGAGAACAGGCCCAUACAUGGAAUUACCAGAUAGGGGUUUUUGGGUCAUGGGGAAGUUUAACAAUAGAUAUUUUUCCUGGACUGAUCAUGUGACUUGGUUAUCUCCUAGGCAGGAUCCCUGCAGGGUGGGUGUUUUCCUGGACUACAGUGAAGGGGAUGUCUCCUUCUAUAACAUGAUUGAUGGGUCCCACAUUUUCUCUUUCCUUCCAGCUUCCUUCUCUGGAACUCUCUUUCCAUACUUUAUGUUUGAGUAUGGAGAUGUGUCCAUGACCAUGUGCUCCAUGGCAAGUGGCUCUGAAGCGCUCCCUGUACUCCUUAACAAUUUUCCUCCUUUGGAGGAGACCCUGAGCACCCCAAAGGAGGUGUUCUGCUCAGGCUGUGGUGUUGAUGGUGCUCCCCCAGAGGCUGAAUCUCCAUUACUUCCCUGACACUUCAAGAUUUUGUCUGCAUAGAGUUACUUGGUGUCCAUGAUCCUCACUGUGUCUGUUCCUGGGGCUACAGUCUCCCUGUGGAAAAAUCCCCUGAGAUGAGACUUGGAAGGCUCUGUGAACUUGUCCUCCUGUGUGGGGACAAGUGCAUGGAGUACUGCAUACUGGCAUAUGUUAAUGGCAUCUGAGUGGCAGGCCACUCCCCUCGCACUAGGUGUGUGAGCAGCAGGUCGCUUACCCCAUAGACAUAGCCCUGUGUGUGAGGCCAUGUGUUGCAAUCCUUAUGCUUGCUCCACAGCCCAGUCCUCAAUUGGUUGCUGCAAGGACAGUUAGCAGACAUUGCAUUGGUGGCUGCCUGUAAUCUGCUUAGGUACUGCUUGAGUAUACAUACAUGGUAACUGAACAAUAAAAUCAGACCUGCUCCCUG